CACCACUUCACCACUCCACCACUUCACAAUGAAGCACUCGGAAACACUGUGCGCGACCUCCUCUGCUCUUCUGCGGCUGGCAGGAUACAUCUUCCUGCGCUGGAUCCCCUCCAGCGCGAUCCCAAACAUCCUCUACGCGCUGUUCGCGGUCUACAUCACCUCCUUCGUGAUCUCGUUCAACAGCCAGGUCACCGACGACCCAGUACACAAGAGCAAGCAUGUCAAAUACCCCUCCGCCGCCGGCAUCAUCCUCGGCGGCGCGCCAAACAUCGACCGGCCGUACCUCACCCUGCUCACCGUCUUCAUCAACCUCAGCAUCCUGCUCUUCUCCGUCGACCUCGUCUAUACUUCUUUUAAGGUCAUUCCCGCCAUGGCACUCACGCUCACUCGCAUAGGCUAUGUCUCUUCUACCUCGGCGGCUUUUGUCGUGCGUGAUCCGUUCUCGGAACAGGUGCUGCUGAGGUACAAGCAGAUCCCGCUCACCACCGCAAACGUCUCGCAGGAGUUUGUCUUUGAGGAAGAUGCCUGGAGCGGGUGGUCGCAGGUCACCGUCUCCGAGAGUAGACUGACUGAGGAUGUGGAUUAUACUACCAGCAUUGUGCUUAGCGAGCUGGCUCCGCAGACGAGAUAUGUGUAUUCCGCCCCGGGACUCAACUCGUCGUUCGUCACUGCAGCCUCUGAAACCACUCCCGCAGGCUCAUUCAGCUUUCUCGCCUCCUCAUGCAUCAAAGCACGAGUACCCUACAGCCCAUUCGACAACCCCCUCACCAUCCACGGCUACAGAAUCCACGCCUUCCUCCUCCCGACCGUCGACUUCUUCCUCUUCCUCGGCGACUUCACCUACGCCGACGUGCCCAAGCUUAUGGGCACAACCACCGAAGCAUACCGCCGGCACUAUCGCCAGGUCUACGCGGACCUCAAGCGCUUGCUGUGGAACUCGCUACCUACAAUCCACGUCUUUGACGACCACGAGAUUAUUAACGAUUACGACCCCUUGUCGGUCGACCUUUACGAGCCCGCGAUCGAGGACGCGUGGAAGCUGUACCAAGCGGCGGGGAACCCUGCGCCUGUGCGCGAAAACACGACAUACUACGCGUUUGAGCGUCAGGGCGUGCCGUUCUUCCUGCUCGACACGCGCACCUACAGAUCCGUCAAAGCCGACGUGGACGACGCGCAAAAGACAAUGCUGGGCGCGCAGCAACUGCAGGAUUUCCACGCGUGGCUGGUCGCGAACGCCGCGGCGCCGGUCAAGUUCGUGGUCUCGUCGAUCCCGUUCACGAAGAAUUGGAACGCGGGCGUGGAUACGAAGGAUACGUGGGCGGGGUACCUGCACGAGCGGGCAAAGGUGCUCGAGUGGAUUAAGAACGAGGGGGGUGGCGGUGUUUUGUUUUUAUCUGGCGAUAGACACGAGGCGGCUGCGAUCAGGUUCCCGUUCCUAGAGUCCGGGGAGAAGCACGCGAAUGAUGUCUAUGAGUUCUCGACUAGUCCGUUCAGUCAGUUUUACGUCCCGAUCCGGACACAUUACCAGGUUGACGACGAGGACGUGACGAUCAUGUAUCUUCCGAGUGGGAAUUCCAAGGUGGGAAAAGUGGAGGUGGAGUAUGAUGAGGCAGGCGAGGUGAAGGUCGUCUAUCGUCUGUUUAUCGACGGCAAGGAGAGAUGGGUGUGGAACAUGCUACGAGGAAGCAACAGCUAUGAGACAGAAUGGACGCCAGGUCCGGUUUAA